AUGCAGAGGCACUGGACCAAAUUCGGCUACGGUAGAGCCCGUCGUGCGUCAGCUCGUCUGCGUGCUCGGGACUGCUCACGGCGCCACCUUCGAGAGUGUGUGCCAACUCAGGCAGCUUCGGCUUCGUUCAACUUGGCUAGAGACCUGAGGGACCGAUGCGGAAUCUCCAGUUCCGGUGACAGUUCAUCAUCUGACGCGUGUGCCAGCAACAGUGACAGUGGGAGCUGGUGCUGUGAGCAAGCGACAAGCAUGAGGAAGUCAGCAGACUGUCAGGCGCAGUCACCAACUUCAUCAUGUGUAGGCGGCCCACCGGAACAAAACGGAUCCCCAAAAGCGGGUGUCCUCAGCAAUAGCAAUUGCAGCAGCUUCAGCACUGAAAAGGAAGGCGGAUUUCUGCGUCAAAAUUCGUUUUCAGAGAACGGUUCCGCCCCGCAAACUGGGGCACGCACAUCUGCCGGGAAAGGGGGCACACACAGGGGAGACUCACGCCAGUCACGUCGUCGAGGGGUCUCAAGUCAACAUGCGGCGCAAUGGUCGCCGCUGCAAUGCGAGGUGAGCAAGUGCGACAGAAGCGUGCUUUCGUCAAGCAAAGGGACACUGACGCAAGACAGAGGUCGUCAAUCUCUGCCUGUAACAAGGCUCGUAGAGUGUCCCUCGAAAUGCAGUAAACGCCUUGACUCGCGAGAGAUCAAUGUAAAUACCUCGCAAACGGAGUCAAGUGAAAACGAAGAGUCGUAUGACAGCGAGAGCACCAGCGAGGCAAGUGGCGUUUCGUGGUUGGAUUUCUCGAGCUGUAACAAGAAGGAAAUGAGGGCUGGCCGGACCAUUACCGAGAGGACAGGCAGAAAAUCGUCACCAGUGACGUGUGGCAGUGACUGUAGAUGUCUAAGGAACGACCACCCGGAAACUUUCCUUUUAGAGCCGAGCCUUGCUCCGCCAGAAAGGGGUAUGGAAGUUGGCUCUUCGCAGCGCCUGCACCACAAAAGUCGCCAUCAGGUUAACCAAAGCAUGGGCAAUAGCAGAACGACGUGUUCCAGAGUGACACAGAGAAACAGGGCGAGUCCGUGCAUGAGGAAAAUUUCUGUGAGCUCCGGUGCAGCCGACAAGAACGGACACCAUCCAAAUGUUUGUGGGUCUGUUGGCAACGAUGCGACCGGACAUCCACCGUUUGGCAAAACUGGUGUAUCUUCAAAGAGAGAAUGCCUGUCAAAUAUCCGGAAAGAACUAGGAGAGUCUGUUAAAGAGACCCUGGCACCACGCGAAAGGGAUAUCGUAGGGCGUCUACGUGGAAACACUGCAUUUACAGAGAAGGCCUCUCACACCCAGUCCUCGGUUGGCGGUCGCCGUCGUGGAAUGGGGAACCUGUACCAACGGAGUUUUCACGAUCAAAUGAGAGACCGCAUUAUUCCUCAGCCACAGGAGUGGGAGGACGAGUCAUGUGGCGAAUCAGAACUAUCAAAAUAUGGCCGUGAUUCGUCGCUACCGGAGACCCCUAGGAGGAGGGCAAGCGACUGUGAACCGAGGGCGUAUGGCGUGUCAGAGGUACAUCUGCAAAGUAACUCACAUUCAGAAGUUGACUUCAUGGAAGUGAAUGGAUCAGAUGGAGAGGAACUACCCCACAGCAGAGAAAGUACGGACAGUGAAUAUGCGGAACUGCCGAGCAUGUCAAGAGAAAGGACAGGAUGCAAGAGGCCUCCUCAGCCUCUUGUGACUAGGCGUCACUUCGAGGGCAGAGGCGUGAAUCGAACUGCAGCACCCACAGCUGCGACGCCAUUCAGGCGGGCAGCUGAGUCUGCUCGGAAUUUGUCAAACGGCUGCCAGGGGCAAGCUUUUCUAAAGAAGUCUAUGUUGCCUCGUGGAAGAACGGAAAAGUCUCCGCGCAGGUUGAGUGCGACUUCGACGUCUCCGAGCGGCAAUCAAGAUGUUCGGAGCGAUGGAUGGUCAACUUACACUAGCUACGAAUAUCUGGAAGAGAAUGCCUAUGAGGUGCCCGUCCAUCGGAGGGGCACUGCACCCGGGAAGAUCCGCAAAGAGUCGCCGACGGUGAAUAGUUGGAGUAUUUCAGCCCCUACGUCCUCAUCAAUCGUCACUUUGGAACAUGUGAACGCUUCAAUUGACUGGAUUGUCGAUGUCGGCUCUAAUCCGCAGAUGAUACAAAAGGUGCAAAAGAUCAUCACACAGCGGCUUCAAACACGAGGCUUCAAACGACAAUCGCAAUCACUACGCUUGGACCACGAGGCUAUUGAUGAAACCCUCUCCCUUAACUACUUCAGGGCGAAUCCCACGCGCUCCUGGGCGCGGAACGCCGCUAAGCCUGUGAGUGUACGUCCUGUUCAGGUGACGAAGUCCCCAAAUACAUCCUCAGGAAAAGGGAGGGUUCGUGAUGAGCAGGAGGUACUCAAAAAGGAGAGAGCCACCGUGCUUAGACCAAGCUGGUCUACCUCCGAUGUCCCACUGUUGGACCCGUCAUGGGAAGCCAUGAUUAGUGUACAACUGGCGGAACAAGAACACGUCGCACUGGAGGCUGACAAGCCUUAG